AUUCCUUCGUUUCUCUGUAGUUACUGCAGAAAGCUGCUUAGUAGGCACAACAAGUUUAUCUAUCCAAAGGAUCUGGUCUGCACUUGCUGUAGCUGCUUCUUGUGACCUUUUUUUAACCUUGUUGCUUCUGAGAACUUGUUCAUGCCCUUCUCUCUGUGAUUGGCAUCACUGGCGUAGUGUGUAUUUCAUUAUCCUCAAAUUUUUUACUCUAACUUCUUCACUGCGCUGUAGUAUUAAGAAGUGAAAAAAAGCAACUUUGAGUUCUGAUCGGUGUUUAUGGAGUUAAUGGGAGGUGGAAAGUUUAGUAGAUGUGUUGUUCUGUUGUUCUUGAAUGUUCUGUUAGUGGGAGUGAGUGGGAUUGGUGUUAAUUGGGGCACACAGUCCACACACCCUUUGUCACCAUCUAAGGUGGUGAAAAUGCUGAAAGACAAUGGCAUUCAAAAGGUUAAACUUUUUGAUGCUGAUCCUGGUAUCUUAAAUGCUCUCAAGAAGUCUGGGAUACAGGUCAUGGUGGGGAUUCCAAAUGACAUGCUUUAUACCCUGGCUAACAGUGUGCAAGCAGCUGAAAAAUGGGUUUCCAAGAAUGUUUCUGCACAUGUUUCUUCUGGUGGAGUAGACAUCAGGGCAGCGUUAUCUGAUAAAAUGCUUUUAAGGAGUGGUGGUGCUAUAAUUGUUAGAAGAAAACAUUGCAACCGGAGAGGAAAAGACUUCUAAUGAAUGGACAUUAAGAGUCUUUCCUAGGUGAAAUUGUAGUGGAAUAUGCAAUGAAAGGCAUUAAUUUCAGGGGUUCUGCGCUUCUGCUUGUGCCCUGUCAUGGACCACUGAAACUGUCUUCCAUCUACUUUGUCUUUUUGGAAGAUUGUUCAAUGUCUAAUCUUCCACAUCAUCUACUACCUAAUGUAUUCCUUUUGAUUCUCAUAUAUGCUGAUCUAGGAAAGCUGCAUGCAUUGAUAACGUGCAGUCCUGGAAUAAAUUGUUUGAGGUACGUUGCAGUGGGGAAUGAACCAUUCUUGUCAACGUACAAUGGUACAUACGAAGCCACAACUCUUCCAGCUCUUCAAAACAUCCAGGCAGCUCUAACGAAAUCCGGUUUGAGCAACCGUGUCAAAGUCACCGUUCCCUUAAACGCCGACGUGUACCAAAGCUCGUCUGAAAAGCCAUCAGACGGCGGUUUCAGGCCAAACAUCAACAAUGUCAUGCUGCAGAUUGUCAAGUUCUUGAACGACAAUGGAGCUCCCUUUACUGUGAACAUCUACCCCUUUAUAAGUCUCUACUCUGACCCCAAUUUUCCUGUUGACUAUGCUUUUUUCAGUGGCUAUCAGCCUGCUAUAAACGACAAUGGAAGGAGCUAUGACAACGUGUUUGAUGCCAACCAUGAUACUUUAGUAUGGGCACUACAAAAGAAUGGGUUUGGAAACUUGCCUAUAAUUGUAGGGGAAAUUGGAUGGCCCACAGAUGGAGACAGAAAUGCAAAUAUUCAAUAUGCACAACGUUUUAACCAAGGUUUUAUGUCACGUUAUAUGUCUGGAAAGGGUACUCCGAUGAGGCCUGGUCCUAUAGAUGCAUACUUAUUUAGUCUCAUAGAUGAAGAUAAUAAGAGCAUUCAGCCAGGGAACUUUGAACGUCAUUGGGGCAUGUUUUACUUUGAUGGGCAACCCAAAUAUCAACUUAAUCUUGGGUCAGCCCGAGGGAAUGGGUUAGUGGCAGCUAGUGGUGUUGAUCAUUUGGCUAAAAAGUGGUGUGUUUUGAAACCCUCAGCAAACCUUAAUGAUGACCAAGUGGCACCUAGUGUAGCCUACGCUUGUCAAAAUGCUGAUUGCACUAGUCUUGGGUAUGGGACUUCAUGUGACAAGUUAGAUGUUCACGGUAACAUUUCUUAUGCCUUUAAUAGCUACUACCAAAUUAAUGACCAAAUGGACAGUGCCUGCAAAUUCCCUGGCCUUUCUAUGGUCACUGACAAAGAUCCUUCGGUUGGAGAUUGCAAAUUCAAAAUCAUGAUCCAGACAGAUUCUGCAAUGCUCAAUGGGAGACCUGGUUUUCUAAGAAUAGUGCUCUGUGUUUUUGUCUUUUUACUAUUCCGUAAUCUUUCGUUUUGAUUUGCUUGCUUUUAAUUAAUUUUUACUAUUCCGUAACCCUGUCUUUUUAAUUUUUUUUUGGUGAAUUAAACUCUGUAGCCAAUGUAAGGGGGAAAAUGCGUUAAAUUGUUUAUUGCUGCAUUAAUGUUGACCAUUUUACACCCUGC